CUCAGGUCAAAAGUACUCUACACAGCCAAAAUGACCGUAAGUCCACACCACCCCAUCCCAUCUCACGAACUAACCCUCACAGGAACAAACCCAACCCCAAACCCUCCUCCUAAUCUUCCGCAAAGAAUCCCCCGAUCUCUUCCACCUCCUCAACGAAACGGGCCUUCCAAUCUCCGCAACCUCCCCGCUACUCAUCUCCCAAACGCAGGGCAAAACCCUCGUCGUCGCGCCGUUGCUCCUCGUCGCUGUUACAGAGGCGAUGCGUGCGAAUCAGGAUGUUUUUGGGGGGUUUGAAUACCUAAUGAGCUGGACGGCAAACGACUUCCGCCACUUCUACGUGAUUCUCGAGAAGCGUCCCCCUCCCAAGGCUAAAUCAGAUGAUAACGACUCUUCCUCGCCGUGGGGUGAUAAACCCGAUGACCAGAAGUCAAACUCGGGUGGUUGGGGUGAUAACAACAACGACACGAACAAUAACAACAGCAAUGACCAGAAUGGGAACUCGGGUUCGGCUUGGGGAGACAAUAACAAUUCUUCGAAUGAUAACAACAACAGCGCCAGCAAUGAUGCCUGGGGCGUUCCUCCCAGUAGCCCCGUGAAGGAUAACAGCAGCAAUAACGCUGGAUCUGAAUUCAAGAACCACGAGUGGCCUGCUGGCAUGGUGAAUGCGAAUACCCCGAAUGGCAAUGGUAAUGGUAACGGAGGCGGACGUGGACGCGCUGUUAGCGGGACUUCUGAUUGGGAUGUGCGCGAUUGGGCGAAGAGUCCGUCAGAGGUGGGAGGAGCUAGUACUGGUGCUGGGGGAGGUGCUUGGGGAAGUUCUGGUGGUACGCCUGGUAGUUCCAAGGGAGGUGGUGGUUGGUAGUACCUCUGUGUGCUGUACUCUGUGGUAUGAUGUCUAGCAGAUAGUAAUAGAUGAAUGGCAAGUGAAUACAGUUUGGAUAUUAUUAUAGCAGCAGCGUAAAUGAAAAACCACCAGGAAAAAGACAACGACCUUCCUGAUCAUUCCUAAAAGAACCAUAUAAAGAGAAAGAAAGUGCUAUU